GUGGUUUUCAAAAGUAUAAAAAGAAGAGGUGAUCAUUUUGUCAUCUAUCAAAUUCAAAAGAAUCAUAUUUUGUCGUCUACCAAUACAAGAGUACUCAGGUCAUUAUUGAAGCUCAAGAGAACCAAAAAUGGUGCUACACACACUUGAACUCUUGAAGAAAGAAGUACCACUAGAAGAGGAAUCACUUUGCAUACCGAAAGAUAUCAAAACCGGACUCGUUCUUGUUGACAUCAUCAAUGGCUUCUGCACCAUUGGAGCCGGAAACUUGGCACCAAGAGAGCCAAACCACCAGAUAUCCGAAAUGGUCAAUGAGUCGGUGAAACUUUCAAGAAUAUUUUGUGAGAACAAAUGGCCGAUUCUUGCGUUUUUAGAUACACAUCAACCUGGAAAACUCGAACACCCUUAUCCUUCUCACUGUCUUGCUGGCUCUCAUGAAUCCAAUUUGGUUCCUACUCUAGAGUGGUUGGAGAAAGAGCCAAAUGUAACGAUUAGGCGCAAGGAUUGUUAUGAUGGAUAUAUUGGUUCUAUUCAAGAAGACGGUUCAAAUGCUUUUGCGGAUUGGAUCAAAACCAAUAACAUCCAACUCUUAUUGGUGGCAGGAAUAUGUACAGAUAUAUGUGUGCUGGAUUUUGUUUGUUCAACAUUAUCAGCAAGAAAUCGUGGUUUUCUAGCACCAUUGGAAGAUGUGGUGGUGUAUUCCCAUGGUUGUGCUACCUUUGAUUUCCCAGAAUCGGAUGCAAGGGGCACUAAAGAUGCCUUAGCUCAUCCUCAGGAGAUAAUGCACCAUAUGGGUCUUUACAUGGCUAAAGGAAGAGGAGCAAAAAUAGCAAAGGAUGUGUCUUUUGAUGGACUAAAAAAGUCCAAACAGAUCUUUCUGACUGAAUGAACCAGAAAGACUGUUUGAUUUGGACAAAAGAAUGGGUUUUUUCCGUCAAUCAGAUGUAUAAUCAAACAGCAUGGUUUCUUUCCCAGACAGCACUUUCCCGGACAGAAACUAUCAGGACCUUAGAAAGAUCCGAUUAAUGAACCCCUUUGAAUCAUAGAUCAUGG